CACACUGACACACACACACACACUCUCUCUCUACUUUCUCUCCUUCCUGGGAAAAAAAGGUGUGGGUUGAUGAAAAUGCGAUUUUGCCUUCCAGGAAAGGGCAUCGCUUCCAAGGCACGCUUAUAAAGCCUUUUCUUUCUUUUUUUUUUUACCUAAAAAAGCCUCCUUCUUAAACCCUAACACCAAUACUAAUAAUACAUUAUGAUGAUGAUGUUCUUCUCCUCCUCCUCCUCCUUCAUCCAUUCUCUCGCUCCUCAUCAGAUCCCUCACCCCUAGUUGUAUACACAUUUGUUUCCUUUUUAAAAUAAUCAGCUGAUUUGCACAAAUUGUUUGGCAUUUGUAUAAUCUUCUACAAUGUCGUCGAGACACGGAUCGAAACCCAAGAAAACGAGCUCCAGAGGAGCGAAUUCUCCGUCGACCUCCACGACGUCGUCGUCCAAGCAUUUUCAGGAGCCUUCAGUGGACGGCUUGUGUUCACCGGCGUCUACAAGUAAGCCGCAGUACUUCUACUCCGAGAGCCUUCCCGCAGAUUCCGAGAGAUCCAAAGAGAACGUCACCGUAACUGUCCGGUUUCGCCCCCUCAGUCCGAGAGAAAUUAGGCAUGGGGAGGAGAUUGCGUGGUACGCGGAUGGAGAAACAAUUGUGCGGAAUGAGCAUAAUCCGACAAUAGCAUACGCAUACGAUCGAGUGUUCGGCCCGACAACCACCACACGUCAUGUCUACGAUGUUGCUGCACAACAUGUUGUCAGUGGUGCUAUGGAAGGCAUUAAUGGCACAAUUUUUGCAUAUGGAGUGACAAGCAGUGGGAAGACUCACACUAUGCAUGGUGAUCAGAGGUCUCCUGGUAUUAUUCCAUUGGCUGUCAAGGAUGCUUUCAGUAUCAUUCAAGAGACUCCAAGCCGAGAGUUUCUCCUUCGUGUCUCAUAUUUGGAAAUCUACAAUGAGGUUGUUAAUGACUUGUUGAAUCCAGCAGGACAAAAUCUAAGAAUCAGAGAGGAUGCUCAGGGUACUUUUGUUGAAGGAAUAAAGGAGGAAGUUGUAUUAUCUCCUGCACAUGCCCUUUCCCUAAUUGCAGCGGGAGAAGAGCACAGACACGUUGGCUCCACAAACUUUAACUUACUCAGUAGCAGAAGCCAUACGAUAUUUACACUGACAAUAGAGAGCAGCCCUUGUGGUGAUAAUUGUGAAGGUGGGGCUGUAAACUUGUCGCAGCUGAACCUUAUCGAUCUGGCAGGUUCUGAAAGCUCUAAGGCCGAAACUACUGGUGUGCGUCGAAAAGAAGGAUCCUAUAUCAAUAAAAGCCUACUAACUCUUGGAACCGUUAUAUCAAAGUUAACCGACGGGAGGGCUACUCAUGUGCCAUAUAGGGACUCUAAAUUGACUAGGCUAUUGCAAUCUUCGUUAAGUGGUCAUGGACGUGUAUCACUCAUAUGCACUGUUACCCCGUCAUCAAGCAGCACAGAAGAGACGCAUAACACUUUGAAGUUUGCCCACCGUGCAAAGCAUAUUGAAAUUCAAGCAGCACAAAACAAGAUAAUUGAUGAGAAAUCACUCAUAAAGAAAUACCAAAAUGAGAUUCGCUUGUUAAAGGAAGAGUUAGAACAGUUAAAGAGAGGUAUUGUUACACUUCCUCAACUGAAAGAUGCUGGAGGAGAUGAUAUUGUGAUCCUAAAACAGAAGCUAGAAGAUGGUCAAGUCAAGCUGCAAUCGAGGUUGGAGCAGGAAGAAGAAGCAAAAGCUGCUUUGUUGGGCAGAAUACAACGGCUGACAAAGUUAAUCUUGGUCUCAACAAAAACGUCACAAUCUUCCAGAUUUCCUAACCGCCCUGGUACUAGAAGAAGGCAUUCAUUCGGAGAAGAAGAGCUUGCAUAUCUCCCACACAGAAGGAAAGACUUGAUCUUAGAUGAUGAAAACAUUGACUCGUAUGUCUCCCCUGAUGGGAAUUCUGAAACUGGAGAUGAUACAUUGAAGGAGGAGAAGAAGUCCCGGAAGCAUGGGUUGCUAAACUGGUUUUUACGGAAACGAGAUAGUAACUUGGGGAGUUUUGCAAGCAACAGUGAUAGAUCAAGUGGAGUCAAGUCUAGUAGUACAACUUCAACCCCUCAAGCAGAAAGUGUUAAUUAUCAAAUCGAAUACAGACAUUCGCACUCUCUUCUCGCAGAAAGCAUUCCUGAUCCUUUAUCACAUGCCAGACAAGAUAGAGAAUGUCUUGAUGAUAGCUUCUUGGGACAGGAGACUCCUUUGACGAGCAUAAAGACAAUAGAUCAAAUUGAUCUUCUGAGAGAGCAGCAAAAGAUUUUGUCAGGAGAGGUGGCACUUCAUUCAAGUGCUCUGAAGCGAUUGUCUGAGGAGGCUGCACGAAACCCUAAGAAGGAACAUAUUCUUGCCGAAAUAAGAAAGUUGAAUGAUGAAAUCAGAAGAAAGAAUGAGCAAAUAGCUCUGCUGGAAAAGCAAAUUGAUGAUUCUAUUAUCUCUUCUAAUGACAAAAUGGAUAACGGGGAAGCAUCAUUGGCUUUGGCUGAACUAAUGGAACAGCUGAAUGAGAAGUCUUUCGAGCUUGAGGUUAAAACGGCAGAUAAUCGAGUAAUUCAAGAGCAGCUCAACCACAAGAUCCAAGAAUGUGAAGGAUUGCAAGAAACGGUUGCCUCCUUAAAACAACAGCUAUCUGAUGCAUUGGAGCUGACAACAAUCAGACCAAUUGUUGGGCAUUCACAACGUUCCUUGGAAGCAAUAAGCGUUCAAGUAGAACAUUCGAUAGACUCAAGUAAAGUGAUGCUUCUACAAUCUCAGGCAACCGAAAUUGAAGAACUCAAACAGAGAGCUGCUGAGCUAACAGAGGCAAAAGAGCAGCUAGAACUUCGGAACCAGAAACUAGCAGAAGACAGUACAUAUGCAAAAGGAUUAGCCUCAGCUGCCGCUGUUGAGCUCAAGGCUUUGUCAGAGGAAGUUGCCAAGCUUAUGAACCACAACGACAGACUAUCUGCUGAACUGGCAGCACAAAAGAAUUCCCCCAUGCAGAGAAGAAACAGCUCCACGGUAAGGAAUGGCCGGAGAGAUGUUCCUCCGGUAAGGCGGCAGGACCAAGGCAGUGUACCCUUGGAAUUCAAGAGGGAACUAGCUUUAAGCCGAGAGAGAGAGCAUUCGUAUGAAGUUGCACUGGCAGAAAAGGAUUCUAGAGAGGCUGAACUGCAAAGGAAGGUUGAGGAAUCCAAACAAAGAGAAGCUUAUCUUGAAAAUGAGCUAGCAAAUAUGUGGGUCCUAGUUGCAAAGCUGAAGAAGUCGCAUGGAUCCGAAAAUGAUGUUGCAAACUUUGAUGAUUUUGAAGAACGGUGAUGGUUUUGAUAUUUGGAACAAGCAAGCAUUGACAAAUGGGUGUCAGUAGGGUUGGUUGGUUUGGAGUGGAUGCGAAGAGUUGCGUGCGUUGUGUCAUGCAAUGGUGGGAUGAGUUGUGUGUUGUCAGGGUUCUCUCUUUUUCUUGGUUGAGUCUUUCAACUAGUGUUGUACAAAUUAGGUUCUUUACUGUGCUAGUGUAUCAUGUAAUAUCAAAUUGCGUUACGUAUUCGCAAAUGAACAAGUAAUGAUUUUGCUGCUGCACAGUUAUGCUGUUUAUUGCAGUUUCCCAAUCCA